AUGUCGUUGAAUUCUUUGCCCGAUGAAGCUGUUAACGCUACUUCCCUGAAUGAACUUAAAACCAUGAUGGUUGUAUGUAUCCAGCUGCUGGAGACAACAGCGGCAGUAGGGCGACAAGAACAAGUUGUAAAAAUGUCCUGUUUCCUGUGUGUGUCAGUUAACUUUAUUUUGGGAUUUACUCGACUGUUACCUUCAGACGUCAUCCCAGUGAACGUAUCCAUGUCUCGUGUCAAAUGUGCUUCAAAGUGUUUGGAGGACAUUAGAUGUAACUCUUUCUUCUAUGACCAACGCGACGGAUACUGCUACCUCUCCAACACACUGAUGGACCCGGUGUACCAUAGAGGGGACCUGGAAGAAGCACUCAACAUUCGCUACUAUAUAAUUGACAAAGCCCGUGGUUGCAAAGCAGACAAUGGAUAUGACUUCUCAAGACUAUCUGGCCAGUGCUAUAAGUACUACACUGAGACAAAAGAAUGGACGGACGCCCAACAGGAAUGUGCCUCAGCAGGUGCUAAUCUGAUUCCUAUCCAUGAUGACAAAACACGUGACCUGAUGAGAUCAUUGAUAUCGAAUGGAGUCAUAUGGAUUGGACUGAAUGACAUUGCCUCGGAACAGUCCUGGGUCUGGGCAGAUGGCUCGGCCUUGACAUCCAACUAUUGGAACCCAGGAGAACCAUUAGCUUCCAGAGUUAGUAACUGUGUAAGUUACAAUCCGCACAGAAGUGGAGGUUGGGAUGACGUCAGGUGCAACAACAAGUAUCGGUUUGUUUGUAAAUACAGACUGCUGUGAAGAGUUGGUGGACUGUCGGACACAUAUCACAUCUUCAGCGACUCAUAUGUGUGUUUCUGUCAGUGCAUAUGUGUAUUUGGAUACAUGGCAGUGUAAUUUAUUGCUUAACAAUGUUCAACUUAUCGUAUCAUGUUUUCUCCUCUUUAAAAGAUUCAGUGGAAGUUCAUGAGUGAGUGAGUGAGUGCAGCGUUCGAAAUAAUCGCCGGCCCGGAGACCCAGCGCCGGUUGUUAUUGUAUCGGGCCGACAGUUUCAAAUAUUUGCAGGCCCUUGUGGCCUUCAGUAAAUUACCUGUCACUUUUUUUCAACUGAAAUCUUUCCCAUAUUUUUUUUCUUUAUUAACGUUCUGCAAUCAUCCAUGAUCCAUCAUGUUACGAUAACGUACAGUUUCAGUUCUUGGUAUUUCAGCACUUGUUAUAAGGAUGUCAAGUUCGCUCUGCGCCAUAAACUGAUCUUGUAGAAACAGUGUGAAAUUGUGUACAGUGUAGUCUAUUUUGUUUUGUCC